UCCCCGCAGCUAUAGGCGUCUCCCAGAGCUAUGAAAUCCCUCUGUCCCAUCCUCUUCGUCCUCAUCUUCCUCCUCGCCAGGCUGGGUUCCCAGGCUGACCCUUCGGCCUCACCGCUUACAGGCUCCGACCUCUCUGAGAUGGGCCACCCUUCUCAGACCUCCCCUCCUGCUUCUGAGAAUUCCACUGGAGACCAGCCUAACCCAGAUUCCCCCGUGACUACUUAUCCUGAGCUCUCCAAAAUACCUCAUGCAGUUUCCCCUGAACCCUCCCUCCCUGACUUCCCUGAGACUCCCAACCAUGACCUCCAAGAAAGCCCACACCCAGAGUCUCCUGAGACUCCUACAUCUAACUCACUCAAUACCUCAAUAUCAGACUCCCUGGAGACCCCCCAAAUUAACCCCUCCAAAAUAACACAUCCAGAACCUUCUGCGGCCCCCAAACCUGACCCAACUGAUAUCCCACACCCAGAAUCUCCUGAGACCCUCAAACCUAGUCCCUCCAAAACUUCACACCCAGAAUUUCCUGAAACCCCAAACCCUGACCCUACACAAACUCCACACCAAGAAUCCCCAGAGAUUCCCAAACUUAACUCCAUCGAAGUCUCACGUGCAGAAGUCCCUGAGACGCCAAAUCCUGACCCCACCAAGAGUCUUCACCCCAAAACUCCAGAAACCCCAAACCCUGACACCACUGAAACCCCCCACUCUGAAUUCCUCCAGACCCUGUAUCCUGACUCUACUGAAAGCCCCCGCCCAGAAUCCCAUGUAACCAGCAACCCCAACCCCACUGAAAUUCCCCAGACAGAAUCCCCCACAACCCACUACCAAGAUGCAACAGAGAACCCCAUGACCUCGGACCCUGAGAUCUCCGCCAGUCUUCACUCAGAAACCACUACACCUUUCAAGGACAAAGCAACAGCUGCCCUAAAUGAGCUGCCCCCGAAUCCCAAAGCAGAAACCCCUGCAGUCACCCAGCCUGACUCCCUUAAAUUGCCCACCUCAGAGUCUCCUGGCACAGUUGAGUUGAAGGCCUCCCAGGACUCUAGCCCUAAAGGGCCUGACGCCCUUCUUCCCUCAGCCCGGAUUGCGGGCCCCCCUGCUCCUCCAGGGUCCCCCAGUCAGUUGGCCCCUGCCACUCCGCGGGUCCCCCAGCGGCGCAGCCGAGGUGAGAGAGUCAACACUAUCAUCGUGGUGGAACGAGUGGAGGAGACCGGCGUGACCCUGGUGGGGCGCCCCCGGGGCGCGGCGGGAGGGGCCCUCUGCCUAUUCCUCGCCGGGAUCGGCCUGCUGAUCGGCAUUUUCCUGCUGCUGUGGUGUCUCUACCGCCGGGCGGCUCGACACCGGCCCUUCGCACAUCACCGGCUUCCAAACGACGGAGAUGAACCGGUUAUGCAUUUGGAAGCCCCGAAGGACCCCUACGACCUCUACUUUUACGCGCCGGAUGCCUGGGUCCCAUCACACAUCGCCACCAAACAGCCGCCGCCCACCCCCCCGCUGCCGCCCAAGCUGCCCCCGCCGCCCUGCGGGAGGCGCCCCCAGAGCCUGGAGCCGCUCUCCCCCGCCACGCUCCCCAACAACUUCGUGUGAGCCCCGCUCGCGUCCCGCCAGACCCGCGCCAUCCCCAGGCCGAGGAAGGACCCAGAGGUCCUGACCUCCUGGCAUGCUUUGCUACCUAGUAGUCCUCCUGGAUAGGAAGUCCCACCCACAGAGAAGCUUUCGCUGUGACCGGAGAACACCGUCUUGAGUGC